AUGCAUUAAUAUAAUGUAAUGACAUCACUAUUAGCUGCUCAUUUAUCUAGUCAUUUUUUGAAUUAAAAUGGACUUUUAAUAUUAACAGGAGCAGGAGGAGUUAUUAAUAAUCCUUCACAUAAUAUGAUAGCUUAUUCUCUAUCAAAAAUUGCUGUUCAUACAUUAGCUUAAAAUAUGGCAAAUUCUAAAAAUAUGGCAGAAAAUUCUAGAAUUAUAACGAUUUUACCAAAAGAAAUCGAUACGCCAUAAAAUAGAGAAGAUAUGCCAAAAGAAGAUUUCACAACAUGGGCAUAAACGGAUUAAAUAGCAGGAUUAUUAAGAAUGUGGGCAGAUGGAUAUAAUUUGCCAAAAAAUGGUUCUUUUGCUUUACUAAAUGUAAGUAAUAAUUCUAUUGUUCCUGAAUAUAUAUGA